UAUCACUGCCUUUUUAUGUAGUACUGGUGGUUUAGUGUAGUUAAGGUUAAUGUAGCCUGUAUCUAAAUUUUUUAACGAUGAUUUGUGUUUAUGUUUUUCCUGUGGCCCUAAAAUAAAGUUUUGCUUUUUUUUUCAUAUCGUACUGUCGGUAAAUAUUUUGUCUGUCGCGAGCCCAAUGGGAACCUUGACAUCGAAAGAACCUACUGUACCGGAGAUCCCUAAGACAAAUGGAACUGGUAAUUCGGGACAAGAAGUGUAUUAUGGAGUGUACAUUCCACCAGAUGAACAACUUGAUGCAAAUGGCACGGAGCUCGUGUACUCCGACAAGGGCCAGGCCCUGAAGGCGGUGAGGCGCUACAGGAGGGCCAGGUUCAAGCCCUUUGCGCGGGAGGACGCGGCGCGGGAGUUCGCGCGCCGGGGGCCGGAGACGGGCGCGGCGUCUCCCCAGCAGCCGGCCGGCGCGGAGAACGGCGAGAAGCCCAGCCUGUUCCGCGCGCCCCGGUCGCAGGAGUCGUCGUGCGUGCGGCGCUGCAUCGAGCAGGGGGACGUGGCCGGCGUGAAGGCGGCCGUGUGGGGCAACCCGCGCUACCUCGUCAGCAGCGGCGACACGCCGGCCAUCAUGAAGGAGGGCCCGCGCUACAACGCGCUGCACGUGGCCGCCAAGGCGGGCGACGCGCGGAUGUGCAACAUGCUGCUGAGCACGGUGGGCGACCCCGCGUACCUGGCGCUGCUCUACGGCGAGGAGGACCCCGGCCUGUGCGAGGAGCGGGCCCGCAUCCUGCUCGACCUGUACCUCAACACGCCCGACAAGGGCACCAACGAGACGCCCCUGCACUUCGCCGCCAAGUUUGGCGCCGUCGAAGCGGUGCGGGUGCUGGUGUCCUACCCGCAGUGCGACAAGCGGCUCAGGAACAAGUGGGACCAGGCGCCCAAGGACAUUAUCUGCAGUCGCAUGCCGAACCCCAGUGCCGGCCUGAAGAACGAGCUGCUGAGUCUCCUGACGGAUCGCUUCUACGUGCCUAUUCUGCGGUCCGAGGACAACUCUGUCCAGCCGAUGGUGGGCGAAGUGUUUGCCCCGGACUGCCCCCCGGUGUUGUCGCGAGACCCGCUGCAGCCGCGCGUGGAGAUCAAGGCGUACGCGGGGCCGAUGGACCGCGACCAGGCCGCGGUGUUCCGCAAGAAGUGGAAGACCCCCCCGCGCUCGGACAGGUGCAGCGGCAGCCCGGUCCCGCUCAACUACCGCCUGCUCGACUCCGAGAAGGGCCUGGAGAGAGUUGGCCGAGAUUUAGCAAACCAGCUGGAUGUUGGUUGGAAAGAGUACUGGGGCUUCCUGAAGACGUUCACCGACCUGUCAUCUCCCGACGGUCUCCAGCGCCUGGACGACCACCUGCGAGCGAGGUUCCAGCAGCAGGCGAAGGCGGGGCUCGGGCGCGACGCACCGCCGGCGCAGGCGAGCCCCGUGUCGGAGCUGUGCGAUGCCUUCGGGGCGUGCAGCCUGCAGGACACGGCGCCCCCCGGGCGGGCGACGGGCGCGAGACGGCCGGCCCCCCCCGAGAGGCGCUGGGUCGCGGCCGAGCGGGAGGCCCCCCUGCCGGCCGGCGGGGAGCUGUCCUACGUGGAGCGGUCGAGCCAGGUGUUCGCCAAGCGCCUCCACGACGGCCUGGUGCACGCGUCGGUGAUCGGGCGCGAGCAGAGCAUGCGGGAGCUGGCGCUGGACGUCCUCAGGCCCGAGGUGGAGCACCUGCAGGCGCUGGUCGGCAGCUACCUGCUGGACGAGCGCUUCCGGCGCGUCGACUUCCAGCGCCUGCACUCGAGGAUCGCGACCGUCGUGGCGGGGCGCCUGCGUGGCAUGCUGGAGGAAGACCUGGACUUCGUGGCCCGGGCCCUCGGGAGCGUGCUGGCCGCCGGCCCCGACUCCAGCUCGUCCGGCGAGGACGACCGCGACUGUCCCGACAGCAGCACGGCCCACAGGAAGCAGAGGCCGCUCCCCGGGACGCGGUCCGCCCGCGUCAACGCCCAGGUCAGGUGCAUCGCCGAGAGCAUCCUGCGAGCCCUGACGAGACUGGGCGACGAGGGGGCUGGGGACGACGAGGACGGACACCCCGGGUACGAACACGCGUGGUCGUCCUCCGAGGUCUGCUCCUGCAGCUGGCAGACCACCAGCUUCCUCAGGAACUCCAGGAAGAUGUCGUCUUUGAAGAGGAACCAGGCAAAAAAAUUUGCAGUCGAUAAAGGAAACAAUGUCGCCAUCGAGGAAACGUUGACAAAAACUGAGUCAGAUGAAGAGGAUGGCUGCUUCGAGACGCCUCCGUCGUCGCCGCUACCUGCCCGCCGGUGGUCCGAGUCGGAGUCCGAGGAGAACUUGUCUCUGGCCGAGGAAGGGGCAGAGGUCUACAUCGAAGGGAGUGUCUUGAGCAAACAAGAUGUGCUCGUGCUGCAAGCCAUUGAAAACUGUGAGCUGGUCAACCCAGUGGACUUCCCGUUCGUGUAUCGCUGGCGACACGGUGUCCUGCUUCACCCGCCUGAAGAGCGAGCACGGUACGUACAUGUGCCGUGGGCGACUACGUGCGUGUGUGGUAGCGUCACUGCACCGGGCGAAGAGUUCACCUGUGCAAAGUACACGUUGCUUUUAUAUUUGGCAAGUUUUCUAAUACAGUCAGCUGUCGAUCCAAAGACCCUUGUGCGUACUAGGUGAACAUUUACAGUAAAACACCGUUUUAACGAACUUCAUUAGAGCGAACAAUUCAUUAGUACGAACUAUGCCUUUGGUCCCGUCAGACGUCCAUAUAACAUAACGUAAAUAAUUUCACUAGUACGAAUUUUCUCGCUCAAAUUUUUAAAAUAUUCUAUAAAUAUUCAUUUGAACGAACACUUUUCUGCCCGGCACGGUAAACGACAAACGGAUAAAAUAGUCGCCAUUCACCCACACAUUGCCAUCAUAUUUAUUUUAAUACGCGCCAUAGAUGACUGCAGUGGACUAGUGUUGAAAUUAAUGCACAAAACUGGUGUAGCGACUAAAGCGCUGCAUUGUGGUGUUCGCUGACAUUACUCUUUGUUCUAUGCUCGCACGUGUUCUACAUCAUAAAGUAUUGCUACAUACUUAUCUCUGGUCGUUUCCUUGUUUAUUGUUUUGAGAAACGUGGCUAUACUACGAGUAUAACUUAUUUUUACGGGAAGCCUAUAACUCACAUAGUUUCGGUUCCCUGCAAGAAUAUCCGAAGAUUUUCGAAGUUUUGCGUUUUGGUAUUAACGCCACUUCAGCCGCUAAAUCAGAAGUUUCCAAUGAAAACAAGCAUGUUGUGACUAACCUAACCUAACCCUUCGAUUUUUUUAAUUUCAAUUUUUGAGAGAAAUCCGAAGUUGCACGAACGUGCUAGGGAACCGAAACUACGUGAGUUGUAGGCUUCCCUAUUUUUACAAGUGUCGGGUCCAUUUGUUUUUAUAGUUUAAAAAACCGUACUACUGAACAUGUCUUCUAGGAAACGAAAGGCGAUUUAUGUGAAACUUGAAAUGUUAAAAGCAGUAGAUAAAGGAAAUAAAAAGACUGAUGUGGCUAAAAAGUUCGGUAUCUCCAAAUCAAUAUUAUCCACAAUUCUCACCCAGCGAUCCAGUUGGGAAGACAAUAAAAUGUAAAAAAAUUUUCCUAACUUUUAAAUUUUAUAUUUUUGAUUUAUUACAGCUUGUCUUGAUUCCAAAGGUAGGCUUACUGUUUUGGCAAACAACUUACCUACAUA